UAUAUUGCCGAUUUUUUGUUUUGAUUAUUUUUCUAUAGUUCUUACUAGGUUAAUAUAUUUCUUAUUCGUGUUAUUUUAUAAAGUGUAAGUGAAACAAGUAACUACAGUAAUUCUAACAAAAGUUAUACUAGCGCAGUUCAAAAAAAAAAAUUACACUGUUGUGUCCGUUCAGCAAGUGAAACUGUUUUCUUUCUUUGUUUUAUUUGACUAUUGUAGAAAGUGAAAUGAUUUUUUAAUUUUUAUGAUUCGAUUUCUACGGGAAAAUAUUUUUGAAACGAAUAAAUUGUGACGUCUAUGGUGCCCUUUACGCGUUACCAUUCUUGAGAAUUAAGGUACACAGGUGACAAAGGCUCAAAAUGACGGUGGAGAAAACAAAAGGGACAACGCCAAAAUUGCCGCCGGCAACGAAGAAGGUGGCCCCAGAUGGCGGCUGGGCGUGGAUGGUCUGUUUGGGAGUCAGUAUCGUAAAUUUUUCAACGCGUUCACUCGAGCCCUCAUUUGGUCUUCUCUUCAAAGACCUGUUAGAUGAUCUCGGAGUCCAUACCACUGGUGCAUCAGUCAUUGCCAGUACCUUGGAUUCCGUUGUUAAUUUCUCCGGCUUCUUUGUGGGACCGGUUAUCAAGACCUUCUCGUAUCGGAAGGUGUGCGUGGUGGGUUCUGCUAUAUGCGCGUUGGGUCUCCUGUUUACAGCACCAGCGAACAGCAUGGGUCAUAUAUUAGCUACAUACAGUAUUAUAGGAGGGUUUGGAGUCGGUCUCGCGUCCUCUUCCUCGUUCGUUUCACUCAAUCAUUAUUUCUCAAAGAAGCGAGGGCAAGCGGUCGGGCUGUCGAUGGCGGGGACCGGUUUCGGUCUGAUGGUGAUGCCUCAACUAGUCAAGUUGUUAUUGGGAGAGUACGGAUUCCGGUGGACAGUGGUCAUACUGGGAGCGUUGGCCUUCCACGCAGUGCUCGGAUCCUGUUUGCUGCAACCUGUAAAAAGACAUCUAAUUGAAGUACCGGUUGACUGUGAGCUUCAGGCUGUUAAGGAAAUGGAAUGUAUAUUUGAGAGUGAUGAAGAAAACGAGGACAAAUUUGAGAUAAAUCCUCUUGUCAAUCCUAUACCAAAAUUUACGACGCAGCGGUCACAUGGCAAUAUGAACCACCCGUCAGUCCGAACCAUUGGCCUGCCAAGAGCGAAGACUUGCGAUAAACCAUUGCAAGACUUUGAAAAGAAUUCAAAGUUGGGGCUGGGGUUGACGACCGCGGCGUCGGUUGCUGCGAUGCCGAGGGUGACAUCUAGUGGUAGUAUGAGUGAAGCGGCCAGGAGACGGAAGGUGUCUGUGAUAUCCAACAUAUCUAAUAUGGACUUCACUGGCAGUUAUUUGCAACUGUAUCUUGAUACAGCUGAUGAUGAAGCCAUACAAAUGAAGACCAUUAAGAAAGUCGAGCCAGAAGUAGAAACAGAAAAGAAGGGCUUCAUUAGGAAGUUUAUUGCUUUAAUGGAUCUAGAUCUAUUGAAAGACUGGUCUUUUUUGAACCUUUUACUUGGUCUCUCUCUGUUUUGGAGCGGGGAAUUACAAUUUAGGAUGUUAACGCCAUUUUUUAUUAGGAGUCUCGGAUACAAUAUGAACGAUACGGCGUUUUGUUUGUCUAUGACGGCCAUAACGGAUAUAUUGGUGCGUUUGGUGCUACCGCCGAUAUUUGACAGGACUACUAUAUCUAAGAAAAUGAUAUUCUUCGUGUCUUCAUUCUUCUUGGCUGUGACUCGUUCUGUGUUAGCGCAUCAAUCUGAAUGGGUGCCACUUAUGAUUUGGCUAUCUAUUUGCGGUUUUUUCCGUGGCAUGUGUCUAAGCAACUUCACGCUCACAAUAUCGGAAUACUGUCCUCUGGAGAAGCUACCGGCCGCCUUCGGUCUUCACAUGGUUAGCAAGGGCGUGUUUGUUGUUGCAAUCGGUCCCAUUAUUGGUUACGUGAGGGAUGCCACAGACAGUUUCACGAUGUGUAUUUUAGUCCAGAAUGCGUUGAUUAUGUCUUGUGUUGUAGUAUGGGCUAUAGAGUACGCAUUAAUAUUCACACGUCGCCGUAAAGUCGUGCAGAUAUAACUUAGUAAUCUAUUUAUGUUACUUAAAUAUUUAUAUGCCUAGCAGUUUAGGUUAUACAAUGGAAAAUAGUAAGUAGAUGGAAUAUACUUAAACUAUCCAGUCUUAAAAUCUAUCAUGACGUAUUAACCAUGACGAGAUCUUGUUACUGUACACGACAAAUGGAAAAUUAAUAUUAUUAUUAUAAAAUAUACAAGGCAAAAUUGAAAUCGUAAGCUACUGUUUAAAAUAGUGUUAUACCAUUGAAACGGAACAUUUUCGCCAAAGAAACAUGGCGAAACAUGAAACAUUUCUUCUAUUCUCUAUUAUUUUUACGUUUUUUUCAUUCUUUUGUGAUGUAAAGAUAAACUUAUUAUGUGAUAAAAUGGCUAGUGUUACUCAAUGUCGAAUGUUUUGUCUUUACAAAUUUUUUUAAUAUUCGUAAUAUUUGUCGUAUAGUAACGAGAUUGCAUAUGAUUAGUUACAGAUUUCAUUAUGAAACUGUUGUAUUUGGAACGAAAUUUUAUACAGUGACAUUAUACCUCGUCUAUAUUUUUACAUGAUUACGUACUUUAAUAUUAAGCUAUAAGCGAAAUAAUCCCUAAUGUAACCGAAUUAUUUUAUAUAUUAUUGUUUCAUUAUAUUUAUUGCGGUGCAUCAGAUUAUUUUAUUAUAUUUCGUAACAAAAAGAUGAUUUAAUAACUUUGAAAUUAAUAUUGAAGAUAGUGAAUUUAUGUGUGUCUCUUAUUAUAUAUUUAAUAUCCAGUGAACGAUUAAGGAUGAAUAUUCAAAUUAUACGCUACAGAUACAUUCUAAAUGUAACUUUUGGACACAUUAAUUUUAACAGUAAUAUUUUUAGAUGGCUGUUUGUAGUUUUGAAACUUUUUAUGUAGUUUGUAAUUAUGUAGUAAGUUAAUAGGUGAUCUAUGAUGGUGAACAUUCUUAAAAUUAUAUACUAAAACACUAUCAGUGGUAUAUUAUACUAUCCAAUAUAUAGAUUUGUAUUUAAACAAUUUUAUCACUUUAUUUAACUAAUAAGGCACUUUUAAUAACAGAAAAAUAUUUUGUACUUAUAGUUUAUGGAGAAACGAUUGAAAUCACUUAUUGUCUCCAAUUUGUACUUAUAUAUUUAAUUUAUAUAUUCUAUAUGUUUGAUAGUGUAAUGAGACUCUUAAAGAAAAUAUUGAAUAAUUGGCUAUAAUAUGAAAAUUUAUAGCUAGUCUAAUAAUAGUCAGGGCCUGUUUUAAGAUUAUUGUUUAUGAAUUUCAAAGGUAUAGUCUUAUGUUAAAAUGUCUGUUUAAAGUAGAAUUUCUUUAAGUAGACAAAACUAACGAAAUCAUAUAACCAUACCAUAAAUCUACAAAAUCAAAUCAGUAGAUAUCUUACAUUAAAAAGAGAACAUGGUGUAUAAAAAAGUCUCAAAAUGUAAACAAAAUUGGUGAACAUUCCAUUCACAUUGUAUUAAGUACAGUGCUCUCUAAUUAAUGCCGAAAUUUCUUGUCUACUUUUUUUUGUAAUACGAUGGGUCAGUCUGGUGUAGAAUAUUUAAAUAUAAUUUUCUAAAACUGUUUAAAAGAAUGACUUGCUACUGUUUUUAAUACCAGUGGCAGGAUGUUGCGCGUUAACAAUAUUGUAAUUUAAAAUGACUAAACGCAGAAGAUGGAUUUGUCAUUUUAAAUUCCAAGAUUGUUAAUACACAAAAUUUGUGACGUUAUCAGUAAAAGUUAGCUUUUUUUAUCAAUUCUAUUCAAAGCUAUUUCCUGAACUACACAUUUAUCUAAGUGCGUAAGAAACAAAUAUACCUUACUUGUUUGGUAUAUCAUAUAUAUAUAUACACCAUGUCCCUUGUAUAUAUAUCGGUGAAGACAAUCAAAAUGACAAAAUAGGUCCUUGAAUUUUUAUUAUACUGCCAUUGUUAUUUCAAAGAUUAUUCAGUCGCCUCUGUAAGAAUUGUACUCUUAAUACCUUACUAAUAAAUCUCCAUAAUUUCUUUUGUUACUUGGCAUAUUUAGUUAAUUAUAUAUGUAUGUCCUUAUCGAAAUUAGUACGUUAUUUAACACUAAGACACUAAAACGACAAUAUAUAAUCAAUUUAAAUAAUAAAAAACUUGUCAUUCCAUUUACGUAUUUCUUCUUUUUAAACAUAUUAAUUUCGAUAAUAAAACAUUCCAAGAUUUGUUUACUAAAUAUGCAAAGUAAGAAAAACCAAGUACUUAUAUUAGUUCUUGUAACUAAAUCGAAUAUAUUUGCGUCCUUUCAGUCAAUUCCAUACUAUUUGAAAGUGACAGUGUCAUCUGUGUAUAACAUAUUGUUUUUAUUAGUAAGGGGUUUGUCUGCGAGUGUAAGUUUAUCAGUACAAGUAUUAGAAAAUUGUAAUAGGAAAUAUGGAUAAUUACUAAUAAGUUUGUUGGGUUAUUAUUUAACAUUUGUACGGUAAUAUUACUAACUGAACUAAUGCAUUACUAAUAAUAGUUUGGUAAUUUAGUUGACUGACUGUCUAGCGAAUAAAAUGUACUAUCUGUCACAAAGAAAUAUAUUUAGGAUUAAUAAUUUGGCGCUGACAACUCAAAGAUUUCUAUGCAUUUACUAUAUUCAUAGUAUAUAUUAUAACAACAGAAAACAAACUAAUAAUAGGAUUCUCAAUUGUUUAUUAUAUACUUAACGUUUUUAAAACCAUAUUAUAGGAAUUUUAGUAAGCUAUAUAUACCUUACGCAUGUAAGGUAGACAUAGACAACAAAAGCACCUUAGUCUAAUAUUUUAAAGAAUUAUAUUGGAAAAAAAACAUUUUUAACUACUUCUAAAAUAGACGUUUUAAUUUUUCUAUGAAUAAGAGCAAUAAACUGUGAAUUAUAGAUAUCCAUGCAACUUAGAAAGUAGCAUAUUUCCUAUCACAAUUUAUAUUUACAUAUUUUUACAUAACCAACUUAUCAGCAGUGUUUGUAUAUUUUCGUCUUCCAAUAAUAUCCUUGUAGGCUCUCUUAGUCAAUCAAUAUUGCAGUGUGCGCUUCAAUGUGUGAUUUUUAUGACCAAAUAUAUCGAGUACUUACUAACAUUUUAUAAAUAUGUACAUUUAUCCUUGUAAGUGUACAGUACUUGUGUGACGUGACGUAUAAAGGCAACUCCUAUAUAUAGGGUGCCGUUUCAAAAUGUAUGUUGUAUUUUUGUACUUAUUUAAAUAUAUGUGUCUUUAUUAAAUCAAUUUACGAAAAGUAUGUGCCAAUUGUACAUAAGUCGAUAUUUAUAUAUCUUCCAUUUGAAAUCGUAGCCGUGUAAUAUAUAUAUGUAUUAAUAUACCAUAUAAAGUAGACUUCCAAUAUUUUAAACAUAGAAAAUUAUUUUUGUUUAAUUUUUAAAUAAUGUAUAUUAUAUUUUGGAAUUAUGGGGUGCAAGUGUUGAUACAAUCAUUUAUCGCCUUAUUUUUGUGUAUAUAUAUGCCUCUAUGUAAACUAUAGUGUAUGUAAAUGACAGUACCGCGUCGCUUUAUCUGUGGCGUCAGAAUUUUCAGUACCGUUUCUAAUGGCAGUGAUAUUUUUUUAAUCUUGUUUUAAUCCAUACGUAGAUUUAACAAGGCGCUAUUACGUAGAGUGAGAGAACUAGUUUAUUUUUUAUUUUGUUCAUUUAAUUUCGAGACUUAACUAGAUUUCAAUAUUUCAAUUAAAUACAUACCUGAUUUUAUUGACUACGUUUGGACAUGGAAAUGUUAUUAAAAUUGAAAAGUAAAUUUAUUAAAUAAAUCAUUAUUUAAAUGUUGGCUUUAUCCACUUAAAUAUAAAGUUGAAUUUUCCGUGGCGUAAACAUCACUCAGUAUGCCUUACGACUUUUAUUUAUUAGCUUCUACGUCGUUUUGUCGACUCUAACAUAUUUUUUUUUCUAAUUCAACACAUAUACGAAGUGACGCGGGACUGUUAAUUUAUGUGUAUAUUAUAUAUACAAUAAAUUUAUUAAUAUAAUAUAUAGAAGAAAUUGUAAAGUGGAACGUAUUUGUAAAGAGGCUUGGUGCUCCCUUUAUUCUUGAGAUAGUAUUUUUUAACAUCAAAACACGUGAAGAGUCUUGUUAGUUUAAAAAAAAAAUUAUGUAUGGUUUUCAUGAUAAAAAUGUAUGUGAGCUUUAAUAUGCGAAGCGUAAUUUGUUAUGUGAUAUAAAUAUAUUAGGUGAACAAUUAAAUAAUGUUUGUUUUUGACAUGAGUUUGAUCAGCUUGUAUAUUGAAUUUAUCAUAUAUUAAUUUGGGUAUAUAUUUUUUUAUAUUAAAUAUUUAUAUUUGUAAAUGUUUUUAUAACUUGUGGAACGAGUUGUCGGUAUCAUAAUACAAUGCACCCAUGACAUCUGGUUUGAGUUCGUAAUAAUAUGCCGUAUAUAACAGAAUACAUUCUUUUGUACGCUUUGUGUUUAUGAGUCAAUCAAAUAGAGCUAUAGCUCGUACUAGCACUUUGCGAUACAUGAUGAAGUUUGAUUAAAACACCUAAAAUAUAUUACAAUAACAGUUUAUAGUUUGUAUGAUCUAGGGAUGGGGAAUAUAUAGCAAUAUCUAUAUCGUCAUAGUCGUAGAAUACUGACGGAUAUAUAUAUGUAAUCUUUGUCAGAUCCGUCAGUAUUCUACGACUAUGAUGAUAUAUUGCAAAUAUAAUAUCUAUAUAUUUGCCUCGUAACGGAUAUAUUAAAUAUUGAUUAUCCAAUUUAUAAUAUCGACAUGAAGAACUCGAUCGUAAUGACUAUAGAUAUCCGACUAAUACUGGCGAUAUCAAAAUGGGUGAUGACCUUUUUAUCUGUCAUCAAUGUCCAGAGAAACACAUUAUGUAGAUAUCGUGGUGUUACCGAUUUUACCCAUACCUAGUAUGAACUAUAUGGAUGGGAGUGUAACACAGGUUUAUAUAAACAGGGUUUCAGAUAAACUCUUAAAUUCUCUCAAACAGAGACUAAGGUCUUAAAAACAUGAAAGCUUUAUUACCUUUACAUACUUAAAUUAUUUAAACAAGUAAUUGCCACUUCAAAUUACUAAUUGUUAAGUCAUCGCUUAAUGGAAUUACAGUGAUUUAUUUUAUAACUUUAUAAUAUUCGUAUCAUAGGUUACGAUAGAAAUCAUAAGUUACGAUAGAAAUCAUUGCCAAUUUUUAAAAGCCGUGUUCUAUCAGUGAAACUGGUGAAAUUGAAUAUUUGUUCCAAAGAAAAUAUUAACAUUAACAUACAUUAAUAGCUGUUAGUAUGGAGGGCGUAAAUGUUUUAGACCUACAUAUAUUUCUUUAUAAAGCUUUACUGUCAUUCCUAAGAUUUCAUUCUAUAAAUACUAAUGGUAUGUGAUUAAAAAUUAUCAAAGUGAUUGUUAACAGUAGGUAUGAUUUUCCGACAAUGAACUAAUCAUAAAACAUAUCUCUAGCACAAUACCUCACAUUCAUACUAAAUUUGGAGACAUAGUUAAACUUCGUUGGAAUUUUAAAACGGUUUUCAUGCUUUUGUAGAAAGGGAUGAAAAUUUAAGCCCAACAGGGCUUGAAUACAUUGAAAAAAUUAACUCUGGAACACCAGAAUUAAUUUUUUCAAUGUAAUAUUUUAUUAAAGAGAUUGCAGGAUGAACGUUAUUUAGAAUUUGAAUUAAUUACCUGAACAUACAGUAUGUUCAAAGUUUUAUGUCGGUUAUAAAGUGGCAGAUUAUUGAUUAGGUAUUUUAUGUUUGUAAUAGCAAUAAAUUACUAUUUGCCUUGUGUAUAACGAAUCAUAAGAAAAGUAUUUUUCUAUCUAUGGUAUAUUUGGAUGGAAAAAUUAUGUUGUUAUUGAUGUUUUGUUGUAAUGUCUACAAUUUAACAAGUGACAGGUACGAUCAUAUCUAAGAACAUACAAAAAUUUGUACGACCUUGUUUUAUAAGAGUCCGAAGUUUCUCGUAGUGAGGAAUCGUUAGAAUUAUCAGACUUUGAUGUCGCAAAUCCUUAGCAUCUGUUCACACAGAGAGGCGUAUUAUAGGCUCGGAUUCGAUUGGUGGCGAUCAAGACGUUUCAGUUACGUAAGAGUACGGUUAAAGCGAAUGCACAUAAUGUAAAAUAAUAAAGCAUUCUGACUUACAACUUGUUUCGAGCUAUUUGCCCUUUUUUAUCUUAUUUGGUUUUCACUCAUAUUUUAAAACAAGUAAUAUAAAUUUUUCGUCAUUCAUAUUUAUAUUUCGAUACGUAAUAAAUUCUUUUUUUAUAUUCUACUGUGUUCGGCACACGUGGACGUAAACGGUGACGGUCGACUCUUUGUUUAUAACAAAAGAAGUGUAAAAAGAAAAUAUCAGUGAUUUAAAACUAUUAAACGCGAUCAAGAUCUGCUGUCCUCUCUGAGCCGGUCUGUGUGAAUGAAUGUUUAUAGUGUGAUUUUUUUUAAAUUCAGAAUUUUUGUUGUUUGUUAUGUUUUGUUACCUUUGUUCCAAGUAAUAACAAAUGUUGAAUACGAUAUAGUGCAAGAUUUUAUUUGAUAAUAAAAUGUAGCCAGAUUUGGAUAAUUAUCUUAAGUAUGUAUGGUAUGCAAAGCAUAUUGAGCGUGAAUGAAAAAGACAAUUGAAUAAAUUAAUAACCGGUUACCUAAA